GAAAUCAAAGAUGAUAUAUAUGGAAAAUCUAAAAAGGCUUGAUUUGAGUUUUACAGGUAUAGAAGAGCUUCCAUCCUCAAUUGGACGUCUAAAGGCUCUUCAACACCUAGAUUUGUCUAGUUGCGAAAGCCUAAGGAGUCUUUCGGAGAGCAUUUGUAAUUUGAGCUCUCUUGAAACUCUCAUCUUGGCGAGGUGUUCAAAUUUAAAGGGCUUUCCAGAAAUCAAAGAUGAUAUGGAAAAUCUAAAAAGGCUUGAUUUGAGUUUUACAGGUAUAGAAGAGCUUCCAUCCUCAAUUGGACGUCUAAAGGCUCUUAAACACUUGAAUUUGAAAUGUUGUGCAGAGCUUGUGAGUCUUCCGAAUAGCAUUUGCAAUUUGAGCUCUCUUAAAACACUUGAUGUCCAAGAAUGUCCAAAACUGGAGAGAGUGGAGGUGAAGCUAGUGGGAUCUUUGCAUCUAACUUGUUGGAUUAUAAAGCAAAGAGUAAUCUGGCGGCACGCCGUAGUGGAAGGAGAGGUCCUUAACCCUCAUGUUUCCUCCCUGUCAUCACUGGUAGAAUCAUGUACAAGAGACGACAGAGGCAUCGGCGGUGAUUAUUUCCGCCUAUAUGCACUGGAAGUAUUUUCCGUAGGUAACUUCAGCCCAAUUCAAAGAAGAAUCCUCAGUGAUAUUUUGCGCCAAUCUUCAUUGAAAAUUGUAUCUCUUCGUAACUGCAAUCUAAUGGAAGAAGGAAUCCUUAGUGGUUUUUGGAACCUAUCUUCACUGGAAAAUUUAUCUCUAAGUAACUGCAGUCUAACGGAAGGAGAGCUCCUCAAUCAUAUUUGCCACCUUUCAUCAUUGAAAAACUUAUCUCUGGAUGGGAACCAUUUUAGUAGCAUACCUGCCAACAUCAUUCAGCUUUCUAAACUGAGAAGCCUCCACUUGAAUCACUGCCAGAAGCUUCUACAAAUUCCAAAGCUUCCCCAAAGUUUACGAUUUCUUGAUGCCCAUGGUUGUCCUUGCCUGGAAACUUUAUCAAGUCCUUCAAGUUCACUUGGUUUAUCCUUGUUCAAGUGCUUCGAAUCAGCAAUUGAGGAGUAUGAGCCCAGGUUCCUUUUCCCGAACGGAGUCAAAAUUUUAAUGCCUGGAAAUAAUGGAAUUCCGGAGUGGAUAAGCCAUAAGAAAAAAGGAUCUGAAAUAGUAGUAGAGCUUCCUGAGAAUUGGUGGGAGGAUAACAACUUUUUGGGAUUUGCCUUAUGCUCUGUUUUUGAAUUCAAUGAAGUUCUUAUUCGUUGUGUAUUGACCUUCCAUCAUUUUUACUUAUCUGAAUCCGAGGUCGGGGGUCUACUCGGGUGUAGCCUUAGAUGUUGCUAUAAUGGUGGUGAAUCAAAUGGAGUCUUGGUGGCAUUUUAUCCUAAGGUUGGUAUUAAGAAUGAGGUUUGGUCGAAUGAAUGGAGACAUAUGAAGGCUUCAUUUCAUGGUAACCGAGAGAAAGUGGAAGAGUGUGGGCUUCAUCUUAUAUAUAAAACCAACAUCUUGAACAGAGAUUCCAAUGCCACCAACCAUUGGCCUCGGUUAUUGAGUGAAAUACAGAUUUCAAUGUUAAGGGGAAGUCUUGAUGAUGCAGAGAACCCACACAACAAAAAAUCAAGACUUCUCUAGUUUUCAACCUAACACACUUUUCUUCACCCUCCUAUAAGAUGGUUGUAAUUCAAUAUAUGACGUGAAUUGUUGUGAUGAUGGAUUUGGAUUAGUGGAUGAUCCCUCAUCUAAAUGUUGGCCCAUGGGUUUGGAUUGCAAAAGAUACUAAUGCUGAUGGACAGAGAAACUAUGCCUCCCAAGAUGAUAAAGAGAACCAUAUACAUAAAUUGUUGAAGCUUCUCUACAAAUUUGUUCAACGGAUUUACUGUAGAAGACACUAAACAUGUAUCUCAAGCUUUUGGAGGAGGGUGAAGUAUUCUCAAAUUUCGGUAUACAGAUGUUGUUAUUCUCGUAUUUUUAGUGGUGAUGUAUUACGGAAGCUUUUAUCUGACAAGGAUGUAUACAACCAAUUCUUGCUUUCACUCGAUUGGGUUAAAAUUCAAAACAAUUGAUGGUGCGGCUACACUAGUGCUAGGGAGCGGUAAGAAGGCAGUUGAGCUUAGACUCCAAGUGAUUGCUAAGAUUGCAGGAUAUGGUGAUGCUACUCAGCUGGCUGAUUCUUCAAGCAUUGUGGGAUGCGGCUUGGUAUUUUUUUCUUUCAACAUUGUCACUUUGUUUUAUUUUUUAUUUUUUCGAUUUCACUCUAUUAUUUUCUACCUUAUGGUUUUCUCUAGGGUUUUGAAUUGCUAGGGUUUCAAGUCACCAGAGGAUUUGGAGGCUUUUCAGCCCUAAAUGUAGGUAUGAAAAUUCCACCUGAGAGUGCCCCAAAAGGC